UUCGAACAGCGUCUGGACUCCAUAAUAAAGAGGAAACUGACCAGGUAAAUUCUUUCAUAUAUUUAAUGGGACAGAAGGCCGAGGAAAUUUUGGCGUCAUUUAGUCUCCCAGAACAGGAUAGAAAUGACUAUUCAAUAAAGUUAAGGUGGCAUUCGAAAAAUACUUCGUCCCAACUAAAAAUGUUAUAUACGAAAGAUAUAAAUUCUAUUCUCGGUUUCAAGAAGAUGGAGAAACAGUGGAGAAUUUCGUGACAUCAUUAUAUAGUCUGGUUAAAACGUGUGAUUUCCCUGCUUCGUUUCAAGACGAAAUGAUUAGGGACAGAAUAGUUUGCGGCAUUAGAGACAAAAAGGUUUCGGAACGUUUGCAACUUGAAACGGAACUAACUCUGGAGAAAGCAAUAAACACUGCAAGACAGGCUAAAACAGUAAAAAAGCAACAAGAAGCUUUUAAGAACAAUUCCGGGAAUAACAUAUAUGCAUUACGCAAAACUACACGUAGGAAGAACGUAUUUUCGAAGCCAGAAGCUACCGACAAUUCGUUUACCAGAAACAAAACUUUAAAUUCCUGUUAUUGGUGUGGAAAACUGGUGAAACAUACUAAAUUUAAUUGCCCUGCACGUAAGGCGAUCUGUAAUAAGUGCAAAAAAGUAGGUCAUUACGCAAAAGUUUGUAAAGCUAAAGUGAGUAUAAAUGAAAUAGGAGAACCUAAUCAAAGUUCAUUUCUAGGACAUGUUAAAGGGGAAAGUAAUAUAAACAAUAGCGUUAAGAGACAGCUUAACCAGUGGAAUUCAAACAGGAUCGCCAACAUGGUAGCAUUUCCAUGCAUGCGCCGCUAGCAUCGUAAAAUAUAAAGAUUCGAACAUAUCAAAAAUUAUUUGCACAUUCUUAACAGAAUUUCCGGACGUCUGUUUGAAUUUAAAUAUUCUGUUCCUUUCGAACAUCCUGCACAUUUGUUUUGUUAAAAUUUAUUCUUUUCACCUGAAGACGACGAUUAUACACUCGUUGAAAGUGCUUGUGUUAAUAAUAAAGGAACCAUUAACGCUGAACUCAGUGAAGUAGUAUCCAGAAACUAUACAAAUAUUGGCGCGAGUUUUUAAACUUA